GAAAUACUUGGCUUUGCAAUGGUGGAAGUCGCAGAGAGGACGGUAGGAAGGCCGCCAUAUCUCGUUCGUCUUGUUGGAUGGAUAAUGUUAUUAAUACUUUACUACGUGCAAGUUUAUCUUUUCGUCUUCGUUUUGGCAAAAUAUCUGAACGGUUUAUAUGUUUUCUGGUUUAUUUGGUUUGUACCGGCAUUACUUUAUGUCUUGUACGCCUUUUAUGAUAAGAAAGUCAAGAAAAUGAUAUACGCAGACAACGACGUAGCUAUUUGGGAAGUUUGGUUUACCUGUGGACUAUAUAUUGUUCCUUAUGUCAUUACAGUUGCCAUGAUUUUUGGUAAAGUCGCACACAAGCUUACUAAAGAUAACGUUCUGGAAAUCAACACACUGAUAUAUACGAUGUGUAUUACCCCAUGGUUGCUAAUCCUCCUGCUACAGCUCGCGAUUUGUCCAUCCUACCAAAAGCCUGUCCUGUCGCUGUCUAUAUUUGCCGCACUGAAUAUCUUCGAUGGCAUUGAGAUGUUGAAAAUAAUCCUGAUGCAAAAUGAGGGAAACUAUGACAUAGACGGGGAGUUAGAAAUAUGCAUUGUUUUCUUCGCCUGCUUGUGCUUUUUGGUCUCACCGCUUGGUUUGAUUCGAAAUAAAUUCGUGGGUAAUGGGGAAGUAAAACAAAGGAAAGGAAUGUCUAUGUUACUUAUACCACUGGAAAUUAUUGGCAUUAACUUCUCAUUUUUGGUUUUACGUCUCGCCCUUUGGCAUAAAUCGGAAGCCCCUCUUUUCAUUGCAAAGAAUACUCUUGCUAUUGUGACUGGGGGAAUUGAGUUCUUCCAUCUUAAAGCCGAGAUGUGAAAAUGCGGAGAAAACUCAACUUGAGGACAAGUACACAAUAUUUGAAAAUAAAGACACUGUUUGUGUUUGUGUGACUGUUCCUCAAAUUACUGUAAUUUUAGGCAUUUUACACGAGACCAUUUUUGCUGCAACUAACUUGCAACGCAAUUUCUGAUACAGAGCUGUGUUAUCUAAAAUGUAGUUGAUGGGAUAUUGCAAGUGUGGUUUCUGCCAACAUUUCCAGUUACAUAAUAUUGGACACUGAUUUCUGGCAAGUUUAUAGAUACAAAGCAGCCUAGUCCCAGGCUCUCUCUCUAUUCGCUGCUUUAAUAUAUUUAAAUAAGUCUUAAAAGUUUUCGGCCUGGGUGUGCUGUGCGGAACGCUACAUCACACCUAGGUCCCAGUCUCGUACUACAUUCACGUCUUUUCUCGCGCUUGCUUCAGAACAACUGGGACUAGGCUGGAUACAAAGCUCAUGUUUCAAUAAGACACGCAUUAAUAAAAUAUCCCUUGACCUUUGUCAUGACAACUGCGAUGAUAUGUCGUUCAUAUUGGCAUAUAUUUUUUAGUAAUUUUUUAAUAUUUAAAUUAGAUGUAUAAUAUCCCAA